AUCGGCAUUGAUAAAUAUACAAUGCAUCCGAAGGAGGGCGAGAGCAUAGCCGACCUACACGGAAGGAGGGCACCGCGGAGCAGCCCUUGAUUCGAUACGAGGAAGUAGCACAUCGACUUCGCCUGCUAGGAUGAGGGGUAGAAGUUACAGCUAUAGCCCACCACCAAGAGGCUAUGGAAGAAGAGGUCGUAGCCCAAGCCCUAGAGGUCGUUAUGGUGGACGUGGUCGAGAUCUCCCAACGAGUCUUUUAGUCAGGAAUCUGCGUCGGGACUGCAGAGCAGAGGAUCUUCGUAGGCCAUUUGGACAGUUUGGUCCACUCAAGGAUAUUUACUUGCCACGUGACUAUUACACAGGGGAACCUAGGGGAUUUGGAUUUCUUCAAUAUGUUGAUCCAGCUGAUGCAGCCGAAGCUAAGUAUCAUAUGGACGGGCAGAUUCUUCUUGGUCGGGAAUUAACUGUUGUAUUUGCUGAGGAAAACCGAAAAAAACCCUCUGAGAUGAGGACAAGAGAAGGAAGGGGGCGUGUGUAUGAUCAUCGAAGGUCACCACGUCGCUCUCGCUCACCUCGUUAUUCCCGCUCCCGUUCUCGCUCACCUGAAUAUUCUCGUCCUCCGCAUGGUAGGUCACGCUCUAGAAGCCGUAGUGAUGAACCGCGCUCACCUUCUCCUAAAAGGAAGCACCAUGCCAAGUCUAUUUCUCCUGAAGAUCACAAGCAUCGCCGCGAGAAAUCGUAUUCAGGAACUCCGGCCGGCAGCAGAUCACGAAGUCGGAGCCCUGAGAAUUACCAGAGCAAGGCCCCGCGCAGGGAAAGGUCCCUUUCUGUCAGCGAGUAAAGCAGAUAAUGUGAUGUCUGCUAAGUUACUGAUUUCGCAUGUAGAUUGUGUGGAGAGCAACUUAGAACUUCUAUCGUGGACCAUAACUGCAAACUCUUGUUGUUAGUCAGUAUUUGACUUGCUAACUCAGUUGAAUUUUGAAAGUUAUGUAUGAUGGUUAUAUUCUAUGUACUUUGUUUUUAAGUUUAAGAUUCUUAUUUUGUCA